AUGGGUCUAAAUCAGAACUACAAACACAGUCUUUUUCUUUUUAUUGUAGUUUAUUUUAAGAAGUUGUGGAAUAAACUUUACACUAUUUUCAUGCAUUCUCUAGUUUCAGGCCCUCGACACUGGUGGCCACCACAUGGAAUUAUUAAGGUAAAAUGUCCUUAUAAGAAAGUGGACUUGAUGUUCAAUGAAAGACCAGAUCCCUGCCCUGACUUAAAACAACCCAUCUGUGGCACCAAUUUUGUAACCUAUGACAAUCCCUGCAUCUUAUGUCUUGAGAGCUUGAAAUCUCGUGGAAGAAUAAUUUACCACGAUGGAAGGUGCUGAGUGGAUAUGAUAUGGAAGAAAAUAACCUCUUCUGUCCUUCACAACCAUCCUCUUCAAUCUCAUCCCUGCUUCAUCUCUCCUCAGAUGGGUUCUUGAUGGACAGAGAGCUUUCAGCAGAUAUCUUGAGGUUCAAUUGAUGGGUCUCCUCUCUCACUGAUUUACUGUCUUCCAUAUUUUUCCUAAUAACUUUUCUGACUGAGAUGUUGCUCCUAGGUAGAGUGCUUGGCCCAGCAUGCUGGAGGCCAUGGAUUACAACUCCAACAC